UGCGUCGUCCCUCUGUUUUUCGCCUUCUGGCUCGCUCCGGUUUACGGAGUCAUGGAAAACAGCACAACAGGCUGCCGUAUUAUACACCCGCCCCGUGAUGGGGGUAUACGCUACCGUGGCCUGACACUUUCUCAGGUGAAAGCAGUGGAAACGCUACCUGUGGAUUAUGAAAUCGAGUUUGUGUGUCGUGGAGAACGUGAGAUUGCUGGUCCCAAAGUGAGGAAAUGUCAGCCAGAUGGAACCUGGACAGAUAUGGACAAACCCAGCCGUUGUCUUCACAUCUGUCCUCGAAUGCACUUGAAGCUGGAGAAUGGACGAGCAGAGGUCAGAAGCAUGGGUCGGGUUCCAAUGGAGGGGACAAGUGUCUUGUUCACAUGUGAUCCUGGUUUCCUGCUUGUGGGCUCCAGCCAUAGCCUAUGCACCAAGGCUGGAAAGUGGGACCAUCCAAAACCCACAUGUCAAGUCAGGCGCUUGGACUCUUCACGUAAGAGAGCGCUGCACGUGGGUGCUCUCUUCCCCAUGAGUGGGGGGUGGCCCGGUGGACAGGCCUGUCACCCUGCUGCACAGAUGGCCCUGGAAGAUGUCAAUAACAGGAGGGACAUUUUGCCGGAAUAUGAACUGCGGCUUAUACACCAUGACAGUCAGUGUGAUCCAGGCCAGGCGACACGACACCUGUAUGAGUUGCUGUAUAAUGACCCUAUUAAGAUAAUGCUUAUGCCCGGAUGUAGCAGUGUGUCCACACUUGUCGCAGAAGCCGCACGAAUGUGGCAUCUAAUAGUGUUGUCUUACGGCUCCAGUUCUCCUGCACUCUCAAAUCGUCAAAGGUUCCCUACCUUCUUCCGCACUCACCCGUCGGCCACCUUGCAUAAUCCCACCCGUGUUCAGCUCUUCAAGAAGUGGGGAUGGACCAAGAUUGCCACCAUUCAGCAGACCACUGAGGUCUUCACCUCUACGCUGGAUGACCUAGAGGAACGAGUAAAGGAGGCUGGGAUUGAAAUUACGUUCCGGCAGAGUUUUUUCUCCGACCCCACUGUUCCAGUGAAGAAUCUCAAGAGGCAGGAUGCUAGGAUCAUUGUUGGAUUAUUCUAUGAAACCGAAGCACGCAAAGUAUUUUGUGAGGUGUAUAAAGAGCGUCUCUUUGGUAAAAAAUAUGUCUGGUUUUUAAUUGGCUGGUAUGCAGACAACUGGUUUAAGACUCCAGACCCAGCCAUCAACUGCACAAUAGAAGAAAUGACCCGAGCCGUGGAAGGCCAUGUAACCACCGAGAUUGUCAUGUUAAACCCUGAGAAUACACGUGGUAUUUCCAACAUGACGUCUCAAGAGUUCAUGGAAAAACUAGAAAGACGUCUAGGAACAAACCCAGAAGAGACUGGAGGUCUACAGGAAGCCCCUCUUGCCUAUGAUGCUAUCUGGGCUCUUGCCCUUGCACUCAAUAAGACUGCCCAUGAGCUGUCUAAAAAAGGACUACGCUUAGAAGACUUUAACUAUAACAACAAUAUCAUCAGUCAGGAGAUCUACAGGGCCAUGAACUCCUCCUCAUUUGAUGGUGUUUCUGGUCAUGUGGUUUUUGAUGCCAGUGGUUCUCGUAUGGCCUGGACCCUCAUUGAGCAGCUUCAAGGCGGCAUUUACAAGAAGAUUGGGUACUACGACAGCACAAAGGACAACUUAUCCUGGUAUAACAAUGACAAAUGGAUCGGGGGGUCUCCACCCGCUGACCACACCAAGGUCAUCAUCACUUUUCGUUACGUGUCUCAGAAACUCUUUAUAUCCGUCUCAGUCCUUGCUGGUCUUGGGAUACUCUUGGGGUUCAUUUGUCUCUCAUUCAACAUCUACAACAGUCAUGUGAGGUACAUUCAGAACUCUCAGCCCCACCUGAAUAACGUGACAGCUGCGGGAUGUAUCCUAGCUCUUGCUGCGGUCUUUCCGCUUGGUCUCGAUGGUCAUCACAUUGAAACUUGGCAUUUCCCUCUUGUAUGUCAGGCACGGCUCUGGCUCCUGGGCCUGGGUUUCAGCCUGGCCUAUGGCAGUAUGUUCACUAAGAUCUGGUGGAUACACACCGCAUUUACUAAGAAGGAUGACAAGAAAGAGAGGAGGAAGCAGUCACAGACUCUGGAACCCUGGAAGCUAUAUACUACUGUCUCGCUUCUCCUGGGACUGGAUGUAGUCACUCUUGGCAUCUGGCAGAUAGUUGACCCUUUGCAACGUUCUAUUGAGGAAUUCACAAAGGAGGAACCUCGCGGGGACCUGGAUGUCCUGAUUCUUCCUCAGUUGGAACACUGCAGCUCCCUCAAGAUGAACACUUGGCUCGGUAUUGUGUAUGGCUCAAAGGGUCUUCUGCUUUUGCUCGGUAUAUUCCUCGCCUACGAGACAAAAAGUGUUUCCACUGAAAAAAUCAAUGACCACCGUGCUGUAGGGAUGGCGAUCUACAAUGUGGCUGUCCUCUGUCUCAUCACUGCUCCAGUCACAAUGAUUCUCAGUAGCCAGCAGGACGCCUCAUUUGCUUUCUCCUCUCUGGCCAUCGUCUUCUCUGCCUACAUCACCCUUGUUGUGCUCUUCGUACCCAAGAUGAGACGUCUCAUUACCCGUGGAGAGUGGCAGUCUGAGCAGCAGGACACUCUCAAGACUGGCUCUUCCACUAAUAACAAUGAGGAGGAGAAGUCUCGUCUGCUGGAAAGGGAGAACCAAGAGCUGGGGAGGAUCAUUGCUGAGAAAGAAGAGCGGGUUAUGGAACUCCGACAACAGUUGCGGUCUCGGAGAACACCGUCGGUCGCAACCCGAGAUAACUGUUCGGACAAUCACUACCCAAACUCCUCUGGGGCAGUUUCUUCUCUUUACCAGCCAGGCCUCCCUCUUGCUAGAUGCCUUGUAGCAGAGGGAGGGGACAAGCUGGGGAGGAACAGUUGUGAUGGGAGCCGAGUGCACCUCCUAUACAAGUAGGAUGAAAACGCGUGAGCUACAAGGGCACUCUCUUACUCAACAUAGCUGUAAAUACACUGUGUGGCCUCUCAUUCACCUCAUCCUGAAUGUCUCAUUGCGUCUGUCUGUCUGUCUUUUCUCUUGCUUUCUAUUUUUGCCACUAAUGCCAGUCUCUGUCUGUUAUACUUUUUACUAUUUUGUCUUCCUGUCCAUUUGUCUGUCUACCUUCAUUCUUUCAAUUGCUCAGCCUCUUUCUUGCUUCCAGUUCUGAAUGUCUCGUUCAGUUUAGCACUUUAUAUUUUCUUUCCAUUGAAUCACUUAAAACUCAAUUUUUUUUGCUGGUAUUUGUCGUUGCACUAAAACCUCCAGAUUCCACUAGUAUUCCCCUGUCUCUCUGACUACAAACUCGAUAUACUUCUGGGGUAUCUCCUUUCUACAAUUAUUGUCACUUUCACUGUCCCUGAAGCUGUCAGUACAGCCCCCACUAAAUCCCCCGCCUCAACCUGCUUCCCUCAGGGAUCAUUGUCUAUAUAUCAGUGCAUCUCUCACAAGUUGUUUUUUUAAGCUGUGAUUGACUGUUGCAAUAAAUAAACAAUAUAAGAAUUUUA